AUGAAGCCAAGAGAGCUCAUGGGUGAACUGUCGACCCCAGAAAUCGAGGGCAUAUACGAGACACAGAUGAGCUUAGAGUUUAGAGUACUCGUGCAGCUGGGAUGUAUUUGCGCCGUGGAUCAAAAAGAAGCGAGACGAUUAAUUCAAUUUGGAUCAAACAAUAUGGAUUCUUUCACACUGAGUCAGUUACAGUUCAAGAGUGUUGCACAUCAGCCUUAUUUACAAAAAGUAGACGGUGUAUCACCAGUGAAACAUAUCUAUCUCUACCAACAUGCGGCGCUCAAUUCUAGCCGGAGUAUGUGGGCUCUAAUUCUAGGCCCAGUCAAGCGCGGGUAUAUCUUUGUACUGGACACGGUGAAAACCAACCAGGUGCCUAAUAUGAACACGCUGUACACCACAGAGAGGAGUGCCAAAAUAAAUCUCGGCACCGACGAAAGCACACUACCCGGCGCGGAACUAACAUGGGAAGUGACAGUAGAAACAGAAGCGCGCGCAGUAUGGCGCGGGGUCCAGCGAGCCUUGCAGCGGUACCGCGACGAGAAGUGUGGCCCGACGCUGCUGGCUAUCCAGGCUGCGUUGUCCACGCCCGCGCUCAUGGCGCUUAUGCCUGGUCUAUCGGAUUUCCCUCUGGUGCCGUUACACGUGCGUGACGUAGAAACGCUUUACAACACGCUAGAGUGGCAGAAAGUCGGCGCGCGCGCAAUCGUGCGCCACUACUUGAGUCUAGAGGCCGCGUUGCAAUUGACUGUAGAGCAAUGCAGAUAUUUCCACGUGCCUCUAGGCAACAUGCCAGCGGAUCCGACGCUGUUCGGCGCGGACCUGUUCUACGCGCGGCACCUGGUCAAGCACAACUUCGUACUGUGGUGUUCCAACCUCGAGCGCCCUGACUUGGGCGGUCGGGAGACUGACGACAACCGAUUAGUGAGCGAAGUGGAGGAACUAUCCGGCUGCACGCACAACGCGAGCGGCGCCUACAACACCGUGUGCGUGGAGCUAGAGAGCGACGCGCUGGCCGUGUGCGCGCUGCUACAAGCGCAGCACGUGCUGCAGGCCGAGGGCACCAGCGCCGCCACCUCCUUCGGCGCGCAGCACGCCAGCAUCCAGCAGGCGCUGCACCACACCGGCGCCAACGCAUCCCUAACCUACGACGAGGCGGCGCAGGUGAGCGGCGCCUUCAAAGUGCUGCGCGGCAUGAUCGCGUCGUGGCUGCGUGACGUCACGCAGUACAAGAACGUCUUCGCCGACUUCCAGAUCUCACACUUCUAUAGAUGGCUAAAGACUCCUACAUCGCUGCUAUACGACCCAGCGCUCCGGCGGACUCUAUACAACUUGAUGAAGAAGUUGUUCCUUAUGCUGGUAGCAGAGUUCAAGCGCCUGGGCUCGCUUAUCGUGUACGCGGAUUUUAACAAGAUUCUGCUGUGCACUAAGAAGAAUUCGGUCCUUGAUGGCAUUGGUUACGUGGAGUUCGUGGUGCAAAGCAUCAGGAACAAAGAACUCUUCCACGGAAUCGACAUCCGAUACAAGCAGUGCUGGUCCUACCUACUCUGGUUAGACGAGGCCAACCACGCUGGAAUACAGGGUAAACUGCCUGAAGGCCUCGUUGAAGUUGGAUCGUCACAAGUGCCUUCGACAGAAGAAAACGGAGAAGAUGAGGACGGCUCAAUAACGAUGCAGUGGAACCUCGCCCAAUUCCUACCAGCGGCAGUGCGUGAGCAGUUCACGGCAGCUAUAGCCGGCUUCCUGAGCGCAGCGUACUCGGAACCCGCGCGAUUGCCCGCGCUGCUACAAGGAGAAAUUGCUCAGAAGCUGUUCCAAGUGACAGAGAAGAUCCACAGUCGCAUGCCGUCUCUACGCGCGGCGGACGUGACGCCGCAGCCGGGGCUCCGCUCGGACGCGCUGCCCGCCGGCGCCACGCCCGCGCUGCUGUACGUCACCGCCGUCUGCAAGGCGCUCUCGCUGGACGCGGCGCUGCAGCACGAGGUGACCCUCCUCAGACGUAAUCUCUUACGCCUGAUCGGCGUCGGCGAGUUCAGCUCACUGGCUGAGUGGCGCGACCCGUGCGCGUCGUGCGUGCUUAGCGAGGUCAUCUGCAAGGUGUGCAACCACUGCCGCGACCUCGACCUCUGCCGCGACCCCGGGCGCGCGCUGCAGGGCGACGUGCCGGUAUGCGUGUGCCCGACUUGCGGCACGGCGUACGACAACCAAGAGCUGGAGUGGAGACUGAUCGAGACCAUGAACAGGCGAGCGAUGACCUACACGCUCCAAGACCUCAUCUGCAGCAGGUGCCAUCAGAUAAAGCGCGAGAACCUAUCAACGGUGUGCGACUGCGCCGGUGACUUCGCGCCUCUAAUGCCCGCGCGGGAGGUGCGCGCGCAACUCGACACCUUAGCCACCAUCGCGCGCUACUACCGCAUGCCGCUGCUCAUGGAGCUUAUACAGUUCAACCUGGCCAACAUGUGAUAAUUAGAAUAAGAAUUGUGUAACAAAUUAG